AUGGAAGACGUUUUGGAAAAGCUUCAUGUGGCAUUUGUCCACUGUGCCGUGAAUAAUUUGCGAAUCCUCUUCAAAAGUCGCUUCUACUGCCCUGGAUUUUGCAAUGCCGCCAACGAGGUCUACUCCCGGUGCUGGUUUUGCAAGACUGAAGGAAGGAAGAAGCGCCGUUUUGUUAUAAAGUGUUAUGAGUACGACGUCAUAGUACAAGGCGAUAUCAAUGAUCCGUCACGAAAGUUCGUGAUCAAGCCUCGUGGAAUAUCGCCUGAAGAUGCCGAAAAUUUCAUGGCCACUGUACUGGCAUCCUGUGAUGACAUCAUAACACUAGAAGAAGCCGCAAAUAUGGCCGAUACAUCGAGGGAGGAGUCACCGUCGACGAAGAAGCGAAAGCUAAAUGAACGACUGAGUCAUGAAUUCACAAGGAAGAAGGCGGGAAUUGUCUUUACGUGGAGAGCCGAAUCCUACCAUGCACAUGGAUACAGCAGAAAAGAAAAAAGAGGAACGACAUACACAGGUUUCUUUCUCAAAUGGAAACAAGAAAUU